AUGUUCGCCCUCGCCACUCUUGCUCUCUUGACCGCCGUGUUCGCAAGCCCCAUCGAGGAACGCGCUCCGGGUCAGCAGAUCUAUACCCACUCCGGCAGCAGCAACUGCUUCGUCGUCCGCGACCCCAAACCCAAGAUCCCUGCCCCAGCGACUUCCAAGGCUGGAAGCUCCCCGCUUCGGGCUCCUCGGGCCGCAUUUCGCUCAUCUCGCACCCCGAUCUGUGCCUCGACGGCGGACUUCGUGAUGGUGGCGGUGCUGGUGAGGUGUAUCAGCGAUGCCAAGGAGCUGACUUCAGGCGCGUCCCCUCCUGACGGCCGUCGCCUUGUUGUGAAGCCGUGCAACACUCAGGACCCUUGCCAGUUCACCUUCGGCAACGCGCAGUACUGGUGGGGUCCUCAGGGAGACGAUCAGCGCUUCUUCCUCGAGUUCUCUGGCGUUCCUCGCAUCAAGCAGGUCAAGACCGGCGCGUGCAUCACCGUCAACGGCAACACGGCCGAGAUCCAGCGCUGCCACCCCGACAACACUUGCGUCAACGACGACAACCAGCUCUUCUCUUUCACCCAGCACGGCUGA